UUAUCAUUUUAUUUUUCUCUUUCACACACACAUAUAUAUAUUUUUAUUUAUUUUCUGCCGCUUUGUGGUAUGCCAUUCUCAAAUCUGUUCCCUAUUUUAGUCCCUUUUCUCUCUUCGUCAUAUUAAGUUCUCCACCCUUUCUUCACUAACCUUCUUGUUCGGCUUCAAUUUUCUUUUGGCUAUGGCUUUUCUGCAUCUCUCAUUGCUGCUUCUGGCCGCCAUGGCUGGCCAUUCAAGUGCAACAUGGUGUGUCUGCAAGAACGGGGUGAGCGAUGCGACGCUGCAGAAGGCGCUGGACUACGCGUGCGGGGCGGGGGCUGACUGCAGCCCCAUUCGACAAAAUGCAGCCUGUUUCCUUCCAAAUACAGUAAGGGCUCACUGUUCUUAUGCUGUCAAUAGCUAUUUCCAAAAGAAAGGCCAAACUCAAGGCUCUUGUGAUUUUGCUGGUGUUGCUACUAUCUCCACUACUGACCCUAGUGCUGCUGGCUGUUCCUACCCUUCAAGCGCCGGGGGCAAUGGUGGCGGAGUAACUCCAGUGACGACAACUCCAACACCACCUGGAGCGACAACAGUCCCCGGAAUGACCUCACCUGUCACGAGACCACCACCAUCGUCAAUGACACCCGCAGCUACAAACAAUCCCCUUCCUAACACUGCAUCUCCCACCGGAGUUUUGGGCGGCGCUGGCACGGGUGGUGUCAACCCCACUGGAACCGGCACCACCACCGACGAGAGCCAUGGCGGAAUCCGCCUCCAACGUCGUAUAUUCUUCUCCAUGUCAAUCGUCGUUUUAUUUAGCUUCGUGCUAAUCUGUUGGGACUGAGUUGAUUAUAACUACUUAAUUAGCUAGCUUGUAAACGAGAGUUAUAAGAUUUAUGGUUCCUCUAUAUGUUCUAUUGUGGUUAGUAGUUUGAUUAAUUAUCAUUGAAAUUGGCUUCUUGUAAGGUUUUGGAUUUUCGUUACUAUAUCAAGAUUAAGGAUUGCACUGGAGUCUUGUAAUAUA